AUGACUCUCUUCAUCCUACCAAAUGAGCUUCUGCUAGCCAUAGCAGAGGCCCAGGACUCCCAAAAUGAUAUAAAUUCAUUUGCAAGAACCAGUCAUCGCUGUUAUACCCUCCUGAACUCCUUUCUCUAUGCCUACAACGUACGACAGCACCAAGGGAGCGCACUCCAUUGGGCAGCAACCAAAGGACAAUUAGGAACAGCCCAAGAAUCACUCCGGCAAGGUGCGGAAAUCGAAUCGAAGGACAAGAUAACAGGAAAAUCGCCAUUGAUACAGUCCGCUCGCUGUGGCCAUGCAGACAUUGUUGCGUUGCUCUUGGCCUAUGGAGCCGACCCGCAUGCCAGAGGAGGCUGGAGAUCCCACGACGCAAUCACCACGGCUGUGGUUCGUAAUAGGGCGGCCGUCGCUCGCAUUUUGCUUGAGAACGGUGUUGAUGUGAAUUCGAUGGACUCCGGCAGCAGCCUAUUGCAUCUUGUGGCCGAAAAAAGUCCCCACAAUCGCGAGGCAGUGGCAAGGGUUCUUAUUGAGAAAGGCGCCAACUUGGAAUCUAUGAAUUCCGCGGGGCAGACUCCGCUGCAGGUAGCAUGUCAAUCUGGCUCCGUGGAAGUGGUCCAGUGUUUGAUAGAAAGCGGAGCCGAUUUGAAUGUACGGGAUAGAGAGGGAAGGUCGCUCCUGCACCUGGCAUCCUCUAAUGAAGUCAAGACCGUCAAGUUGUUGGUGGAGAAAGGAGCGAAAAUCUCGGCUAAAGAUGAGCAAGGUGAGACACCACUUCAUCUGGCAUGCUGGAAUGGCCGGGUAGAAGCAGCGGCGUUCUUGCUGGAUCAGGGAGCAGAUAUAGAGGCAAGAUCGUCGAAAGGGAACACCCCAUUGCUGCGGGGGAUACUCUGGGAGACCUCUGUAUGCAGGAACCUGGGGCCAGCCUCUGUGACCUCUCUCUUGUUGGAACGAGGUGCUGAUCCAAGGCGGGGAAAUGAUUGCAACAUCACACCAUUGCAUUGUGCGACAUCGAAAGAAGAUCCAGGGCUUGGCAAGAUAUUGCUGCAACACGGCGCCGACCUAGAGCCCAGAACUACCAAGGGUAUGACGCCGCUGCAUAAAUUAGCGCUUCGUGGCUCUUUGGAGUCCGCAAGGUAUUUGUUGCAGAAAGGCGCUGAUGCACAACCAAGGGACAAAGAAGGCAAUACACCAUUGCACAUGGCAGCGCAGAGAAAUGACCUGGAAUUUGUCAGGUUGCUUCUAGAGGCACGCGCUAACCGGCUGAUCAUGAAUCGCAAAGGUCAAUUGCCCGUGCACCUAUCAUUAGAAGGAGCAGAGAAGUCAGAAAAAAGGCAGAGAAAAGUGAUGGAUCUUCUGGAGGCCCAGUUUGAGCAUCACCAUGAGAAAUAUUAA